GUCACAGCUGCUCCCCGCCGUACCGCGCAUGCGCCCCGUGCGGAAGCGGAAGCCAGCAGCAUCAUGUCUGUGGAGGACCCGUUUUUCGUGGUGAAGGGUGAGGUGCAGAAGGCUCUGUCCAGGGCCAGAGGUUUGUUCGAGCGCUGGGAGGAACUUCUGCAGGACGGGACGCAGGUGAGCAGAGAUGAGCUGGACUGGAGCACUAACGAGUUGAGGAACUGUCUGAGGGCCAUCGACUGGGACCUGGAGGACCUGAGUGAGACCAUCAGCAUCGUGGAGUCGAAUCCCGGGAAGUUCCGGCUCGGAGACAACGAACUUCAGGAGCGACGAGACUUUGUGGAACAGACCAGGAAAUCUGUGCAGGAGAUGAAGGAUCAGCUGUCCAGUCCCACCGCUGUGGCUCAGGCUGAGAAGAAGAACAGACAGGCUCUGAUUUCUUCGGGGGAGCGGUCGACGGGACUCGAGGCUCAUCUGGUCUCGGCAAACUCCAGAUACAUCCAGGAGCAGCAGGAGCAGCAGCAGUUGAUAAUGCAGGAGCAGGAUGAGCAGCUGGAGCUGGUCUCUGGGAGUAUCCGAGUACUCAAAGACAUGUCCGGACGCAUCGGAGACGAGCUGGACGACCAGGCCGUGAUGUUGGACGACUUUGGAGAUGAAAUGGACCAGACGUCGUCACGAAUGGACUCAGUGCUCAAGAAGUUAGAGAAAGUGUCCCACAUGACCAGCAGUCGGAGACAGUGGUGCGCCAUCGGGGUGCUAGUCGCCGUCAUGAUCCUCGUCCUCAUCCUCUUCUUCGCCCUCUGAACCCUGUGAACUUUGACCUCCGCUGUACCGGAAACCAGGCCCCGCCCACUCCCGGGCUCAGAACGCUCCUGAUUGGCCGCCCCACCUGUCCGUCACUCUUUUCCACAAAAAAAAAAAGAAAAGAGUCAAACCGAGAAGAAGAAGAAGAAGAACAGCGGGAGGAGGGCGUUUCCCGUUUUGAACGCCGCGUUGAGUCCGCGGCUGAAAUCAUGGUGCAGUUUUCAGUUUUAUUUGAUUUUUUUUAUCAUUAUUUUGUGAUUUUACGGUGUGCGUUGAUUUAAAAAAAUGUAAACACAAACUUAAAUCACCAGAAACAAGGCUGUACUUUUUUUCUUUAAAGACGGGGUAUCGACUUUUUACAGCUUUUCUCACACCGAUCCUUGUCCAAAACCCGCGUGAAGAGGUUUUACGCUCGUCCACGCAGGUUUGAGUCAUCGAGAGAUCUCUCCCAGGCCAUAAUCAAACAGUCAGCAGUGUGUACGAAGCUCCGCCCACAAGCCUACGUCGUCCAAUCUUUAAUACCCCAGAGAAGUAAAUACCCCGUCUUUAAAUCCACGAGUUCAUUUCAAGUGUCUUGGUCGUCGACAGAAGGCCGCAGGUUCGUCGGUUCGUCAG